CCAUGAGAUGCCCCCUCGGUUUCUCGUAGGAGCGGGGGAGCGAGCCCCUUGUCCCUUUCCCGUCUCCCACCUCUCGCUGCCACCACUGCAACUGCCGCCGCAGCGGCCGAGAAAUGGCCCUGAAACCCUAGAGAAAGGAAAGAAGAGGAAGGGGAGAAGGAGCACGUGACGGGUGCCUAGAGGUGCAAAUGCCUGUGCGAUGGUGCUGCGCCUGGGGUGCCUAGAGAAAGCAAUUGCAGGUUUGAGAAGAAUAAAUUUGGAUGGAUUGCGAUGGCGUGUAUUUGAUGCGAAGGGUCAGGUCCUUGGACGGUUGGCAUCCCAAAUUGCUGUUGUGCUUCAAGGCAAGGAUAAGCCAACCUAUGCACCACAUGUAGAAAAUGGAGACAUGUGCAUUGUACGUAAUGCAAAGGAUAUCAGUGUUACAGGAAGGAAAAUGACAGAUAAGAUCUACUACUGGCAUACAGGGUAUAUUGGCCAUCUUAAGGAAAGAAGGCUCAAGGACCAGAUGGAGAAAGACCCAACUGAAGUGAUCCGCAAAGCUGUCCUGCGCAUGCUUCCCCGCAACAGAUUGCGUGAUGACAGGGAUCGCAAACUGAGGAUAUUUUCUGGAAAUGAGCAUCCAUUCCAUGAUCGCCCUCUUGAGCCAUUUGUGAUGCCACCACGGCAAAUACGUGAGAUGCGACCCCGCGCAAGGCGUGCACUGAUUAGGGCCCAGAAGAAAGAGCAGGCAAUCAGAGCCAAGGAGGAAGAAGGUGCAAAGAAUGCUGAGAUAACUGCAUAGGCACAUUCUGAUGUGUGGAUAUGCACAUUGCAAAUCUUCCAGAUAUUGUUUUUGGAGCAUCCUUGCUUUCUUGGACAUGUAGUCUGUUGAGUGCAAUGGGAACAUGCAAGACUUAUUCUGUAUCCUUAUGUAUUUUAUGAGUGAAAUAAAAUCGUUUUCACCUUUGUUCAACUUA